GGAUACAAAUUCUAGCUACCAAAGCCUAUACGUUAAGAUCUAAUCCCAUCUCUGUCCAAGCCUCCAAAUCAACAGCUAACUGCCUUUCUAUGUGUCAUCUCCCCCAUAUCAAUGAUUAGAUCGGCCUCCACGUGUCAAACCACAACAUAACAAACCCAUUCACAAACUAAAGGCAUGUAGAUUCUCCCUAUGUAUAUCAGUUAAUUGGCAAUCAUAACACCGAAAUUCCAUAGGUAAACCAAACAGGAAAAACUAGAAAAACAAACAUACCCCAGUAAUGGCUAUCUUGCCAGGAUCAGAUCCCUGUAGCCUUGGCUCGUCAUUAGAGUCGCCCUUACUUCCUCCAAACAAAGAACCUGGAUGGGCACCCAUACACGGAUCUGAACCUGAAAAGGUCUGCAUAGACGGCAUGUUACAAAAAUACUGCGGAGAAUUCGGGUCCUGGCAAUUGAGACACUUUGUUUUAACAAACCUGGCAUGGGCCCUGGAAGCUUUCCACACCAUGGUCAUGAUAUUUGCAGACCAGGAACCUGCUUGGAGGUGUAUAAAAGGGUCAGGGUGCGAUGAGAAGGAGAGCAACGUUUGUGGGCUUGAACCAGGGUCUUGGGAAUGGAAGGGUGGUUCAGGAAGCUCCACGGUGGCUCAGUGGGGAUUGGUUUGUGGUGAGAAGUAUAAGGUUGGGCUUGUUCAGGCUUUGUUUUUUGGCGGCUGCAUGAUUGGUGCAGGAGUAUUUGGUCAUCUAUCAGACUCAAAACUGGGAAGAAAAGGUUCAUUAACAGCAGUUUGCAUCUUAAAUGCCAUCUUUGGUUUCCUCACAUCAUUAGCCCCAGGCUACUUCACAUAUCUCCUGCUGCGAUUCCUGACAGGAUUCAGCACCGGAGGCGUUGGCCUCUGCUCCUUUGUCUUGGCCACUGAACCUGUUGGCCCAACAAAACGUGGUGUUGCUGGAAUGUCCACAUUCUAUUUCUUUUCAACUGGAAUAGCAUUACUCUCAGGCAUAGCUUACAUUUUUCGUUCAUGGCGAGCGCUUUAUAUUGCUUCAUCCAUUCCCUCUAUCCUUUUCCUUGUUCUGGUCAUUCCUUUUAUCUCUGAGUCCCCACGGUGGUACCUUGUUCGUGGGAAAAUGAACGAAGCAAUGAAAAUUAUGCGAACCAUAGCUAAAUCUAACGGAAAUCACCUUCCUGAUGACGUUAUCCUUGCACUGGAUGAUGAAUCCAAUGAUGUUUCAAAAGCAACAGUAGAAAAAGAAGCAAUCAGUGGUUCUAUUAUAGAUGUAGUUCGAUCACCAAUCACUCGAAUUCGACUAUUUCUAGCAGUUGGAAUCAACUUCACCUGUUCUGUUGUGUACUAUGGCCUCAGCCUAAAUGUUGUCAACCUUGAGACAAACCUUUACCUCAAUGUGUUCCUUAAUGCAGUAGCUGAAAUGCCAGCAUUCACAAUAACAGCACUUCUGUUGGAUAAAUUUGGGAGGAAACCAAUGGCCAUUGGGACACAAUGGUUCAGUGCAAUCUUUUGCUUUAUGGGAAGCCUGAUGGGAAAUGUAGGAAUAUGGAAAGUAAUGAGAAUGUGUUGCGGGAUUCUGGGGAUAUUUGGCAUGGCUGGAACUUAUAAUCUGUUGUUUAUCUACACAGCAGAGCUGUUUCCUACAGUGGUGAGAAAUGCAGCCCUUGGAUGUGCAACUCAGGCAGCCCAAAUGGGAGCCAUUUUGGCACCAUUUGUGGUGGUUUUGGGCGGUGGCUUUCCAUUUGUAGUGUUUGGGGUAUGUGGAUUGAUUGGAGGGAUGCUUGCAUAUUACUUGCCAGAGACAGUGAACAAGCCAUUGUAUGACACAAUGACAGGAAUGGAAGAGCGGGAGAGUUAUAGGGAAGUUGCUUGAAAGUAUAUUACUUGCCAGAGUUCAUUACAUUAUUGAGCAUCUAAAAUUCACGUAAUGGGAUUUUCACAGCUUUUUUUUUUCUUUUUAAUCAUAGAAGAACUGCUACAGAAAUCAGACUGACCAAGACAUUGUUCAAGCAGAAACAGAAUGUUUUUCCUGUAAUUCUUGAAUAAUAGACCUCAGUUCAUCACAUGCCUAUUGCAUUUAAAUUCAUUUCUAAUAUUACAAAAUUCAUAAUCAAUUUCUUUUUUCUUGCCAGAGAUGAUAGGCUGCCCCCAUUGUAAAUCCAUCCCUGAUCAAGAUAAAAAAAAUGACAAAGCACGUUCCUGAACUAUUCCAGUCAUUUACGGCCAUAGGAAUUAUAGCCAUUUGAAUUACACAUGUUCUGUUGAUUAGUUCGUUCUGGCCGAGGUCUUACAUACUGCAAAUAUAACCCAACCAUCGAGGAACUGAAACGAUAC